GUUGUGUUUAACUACAUAUAUUUUUCCCUCUCGAUUAUUUAAUGAUUCUACUGUUUAUCUUAUUGUUACUUAAAUGUGUGCACAGAUCCAACCCCGAGUCCCCAUUACCCAAUACCUCGAUGUACUGAGCUUCUAAAGGGAGAUCCCGGAAUCCCCGGGCCGCAAGGGCUGAAAGGAUAUCCUGGUAUCAAUGGGACAAAUGGGGCAAAAGGCGAUCCUGGUGAGAUGGGAGCACAAGGUCCAAAAGGAGAAAAAGGUGUAAACGGAACAAAUGGUGCCAGGAACUGCAAGGAGCUGCUGCAUCAGGGGGUGGUAAUGAGCGGUUGGUACACAAUAUACCCGGAUGGGAUGGCGCCCCUGCAGGUUCUGUGUGACAUGGACACUGAUGGGGGAGGUUGGAUAGUUUUCCAAAGACGCUAUGAUGGCUCAGUAGACUUCUACCUUGGCUGGGAUUCCUACAAGAGGGGGUUUGGCAGCCGCCUGACUGAGUUCUGGUUGGGGAAUGAUAAUCUCAGUAAUUUCACAUCAUCAGGAACAUGGGAAAUGCGAGUCGAUCUGAGAGACUUUGAUAACAUACAGCAUUAUGCAAAAUACUCGUCUUUCAGGGUUUUACCGGAGUCGGACAGUUAUACACUAAUAAUCGGCCCAUAUGUUGCCGGUGAUGCAGGAGACUCCAUGAGUUAUUCCAACUACUCUAAAUUCACCACAAAGGACCGGGACAAUGAUAUGUAUGAAGGUAAAUGCGCUGACAUCGACCGCGGAGCCUGGUGGUACAAGAUAUGCUAUAAUGCCAACUUGAACGGAUUUUACCAUCUAGCGCAGAACUAUAAUAUAGAUAGCAUCUGCUGGCUCAGCUUAGGAAGCUAUUAUUCCUUCAAAUUCACUGAGAUGAAAAUGAGGCCAGUGUAAGGCUUCCGAUUCACAGCUGAUUUGCUGCUAUGUGGCAUAUUGUGCAAUUUGGCAACACAGGUAGAUAAUACAUAUUACUGACCACAGCUUGUAUAUCAUAAUCCUGGUUAAUCAUUGACCAAUGCACAUACCAAAUGGUCAUCAACCAAUCAGAAUUCAUGCAUUUGUGGUAGUCAGCUGUAGCACAAUAACUUUUGAGUGGGGUUGUUCAGAACACUCACACACAGAACAAUGGGUCAUCCAAACAGUUGGUGGCUGCAUGUGUCCAUCUUAAAACAGUUCAGUAUUCAGGGUCGGACUGGGGGGUGCAGGGCCCACUGGGCUCCUAUCCCAGGGGCCCUGCAUCCCUCGCACCCCCUAACCCAACCCAGAAUCCCCUCUAACCCCCCACAGGAUCCCCAUCCGUUGUCCUCCCCUGCACCCCCCCCCGGCCGGGGGAGUGCCGGCAAGGGUCGGGGGCCACCAGGAUCUUUCCCAGUGUCCCGUCGGCCCAGUCCGACCCUGUCAGUAAUGCCAUGCCUGGUAAUUGUAUAAUUCAAAUGAAUUCAUCUUCUAAAAUACCCGAUCAUCACCGUAAGGCAAAUCCUGUUAAACACAUGCUCCUACCACUCUUGUAAAAUUUCUAUUAUAACUGGCUUUGGGUGCUGGCAGCUGUAGUGAAAAUGAGCUUUUGGGCUGAAAGAUGAAUGUCCUUGCCCUGGUGUAUAAGCAAUAAACUGAAUAACAACAAAACAGUGCAACACAAAACCGUAUGCAAAAGGACGACUGUGACAAUUCUGAACAACGUUGACUUCAUUCCAAAAUUCCAGAGUAAAGAUAGCUUGUCUCCUGAAUUUUUGAGUCCUUGUUAUUAGUCCCCAAAUGCUCUGACGAAGGGCGAAUUCUCCCCUAAAUUUCAUCGGAAGGGUGAAUUUGCCCAUCAAUACUUUGUCCUUCAAUAUCCUUCACAAAUCUAAGAAGAAUGAAGGCUUGUCUCCCAAAUAUAUGAGGAAGGGUGGCUUGUCCUUCAGAAAACCAGAGUAAGAAGAAAGGGAGGCAAGUCCUCCCAAAUGAUGAGGAUGAGUGACUUUCACCAAGAGUUUCUGAUGAAGGGUGACUUCCCAAAGUCCCUUAGAAGGGUGGCUUCCCUUGUAAAAUCCUGAGGAAGGGCGCUUGUCUCCCAUUAAAGUUAAUUUUGUGUUCAAAAGAGGGUUUGGAAUAACACUUUGUGCUUGUUUUCCAUGUCAUGCUUGUUCCUUUGUAUUCCUUCCAUUUGCUGUUCCAAAUAGCAGAGCAAGAUGUACCUUCCUUAGGAGAAGCCUUUUUUUGGUUCUUGGGUUGAUGGUUUCAGGGUCUUCUUCAUAUAACAUAUUGUAAACUGUGAGGUGUGUGAUUUUAAUGAAGUUUGAUAUCUCUGCAAUAUAUAAUUUUAAACAAUAUGCAAAAUUAAAGGGAAAGUAUACCAGCUUUUGGAAAACUGUUGCAAUAAAUAGGGCUUGAGCUGAACACACUUUUUGCCUAUGUUUUGCCCAGUGAUAUCGAUGUUUUGUGUUAUUUCUUGCACUGAAUAGAACAACAUUUGAAAAUGAAACUAACAUUCUAUUUCCUGAUCCCAAAGAGCAAAGUCAAACAAAACAGCAGUCCACUUAGGCACCUCCUUAUGAAUAAACUCCUCCCUUUCCCAACUACAGACCACUAUCUUUUCACAUAUCAUUAUACAUAGCUUUCUCAGUGGACUGGAAGCUCCCAGUAUCCUGCUCAGCCUUUGAAGUGUUGGGUUAAAGCUUGACCAUCAAUGUUGUAAACUCUCACAGUCAGUCCUUUACUUCCACCGGAGUCAUUACUUCCCUUCACCUGUGUUUUUCAUGAUAUUCUGUAACCCUUGUGCUUGAUUUGCUCUGUUGUUGUUCUAUAUCCCUGUCUGUGAGCUGAUACUGAAUGAAUAAAUGCUGUGCCACAUCU